AUGGCCCUCACACUCCGCUUAGCUUCCCCUUCCCUCCCUCCCACAACCUCCUCCACAAUCUUUGUCCCCUUCGACGCCACCUUCCGCCGCCGCGGCCCCCUCCCUCUCUCCCUCCUCCAAUACCACAUCAUCCCUUCCAAAAUCACUCUCCAUUACCUCACAUAUCUCCCAAUCUCCACUCAAUUACCAACUUUUCUCCCAAAUUCACCUUUCACCAUCACUUCUUCCUAUCCUCACCUCUCUAUCAACAAUGUAACCGUCCCAACAACCACUCCUCUCUUCAUAAAACCCUCCCUCCUCAUUCUUCCAAUCCACGAUUUCUUCAAUUCCUCUUCCCUCUCCCUCCCCAAACCUCCCCCCGAAUCUCUCCUUCAGAUCCUUGGUAUCCUCCAAUCCAACAACUGCUCCAUAACCGCCGCAUUAUUCGAAAAACUAUCCUCAGAAAAACCAUCUUUCGGUGCCAAGAAACUGACUAUCUUCGCGCCUUCGGAUGAAUCCCUCAGGAACGUAACUGAUUAUGACAUAACUAUUUUUAGGAAACACGUCGUUAACAGAUUGAUUACGUGGCGUGAUUUGAUUCGUCUUCCUAAUGAUACGCUAUUAUCGAUUCUUUUUGAAGGAUUUGAUAUUAGAGUAAGUGUUUUUCCUCGACUUCGAUUGGUUAACGGCGUGAAGAUUGUUGUUCCGAAUAUGUAUCGUGGUGAGUUCGUUGUUGUUCAUGGUGUUGAGGGAUUGCUUGAUUAA